AUGGGAGCCAGGUUAAGAGUCCGGAUCCACUGGCUACUUGUUAUACUGGUGGACAUGGCGGUGAGAAAUCCCGGCAGCGACAACAAAUAUGCUGGCGAUCUAUACUCUACCACGCAGGUUCCGAGUGUCGGGUUUCUGACAACUACGGGUGCUGUUUCGAGUUGCACUAGUGCAAAGUCGCUGGUUUAUAUAAUCGAUACCUACUCCGAUGCGGUGGCCACUUUUGAAAACUACGAGAUGGAUGGUGGAUACAGAGCAUAUAAGCUGUUUUUAGAUGAUAGCACUUAUUCAAGCUCGCCGCAAUUCGUGGGUUGUUUGACCGACUACUAUUCCGCCUAUGGACCGCUGCCAACGUGGCUUCUGGGAUCCUUGGGUGGGUGCACCAUACUCUCGGACACGUCCAUGGCUUCGCCACGUACUCCAUCUCACCAAGGCGCCCCCUAUUCGGACUAUCUCCAGUAUUACUUGGAACCAGUCAAACUCCCCUCUACGGCACCGCCUAUUUUACUACCCCAACUAUCCCCAGGCUCUUCCGAGUGGUUCUAUUCACCAUCUCACCCCCUGACGGUGCCAUACCUCACAAACGGCCCGUUUUCGGGGGGAUACAUCGAAGUCACUUCUACUUCCGAAGCCAACGAAGAAUAG